AGCUUGACUCUGCUGCUGUCAACAUUGUAGCGGUGAAGCGUCCGAGCUGUCACAGAAAGUGUCGGUCCGUCUCGCUGCUUCAGCCCACAGUCAUGCCAUCCAUCUCUAGACUUUACUCAUCGAACACCCAUCAAUAAUUAAGUUUCCGUUUAACGGACUUUCCCGGAGUUGAACUGGGCGGACAUGUUUCUUUAAGCGGAGCCUGGUGGUCGUGAGGAUUAUCAUUUCCUGACAGAAUUUAACGGAGCCUCACUGUUGUUUGGCGUGGUGCUGUUUUUGUUCAACUGCGACAGACCUCACAACACAGCGAGCCAUGUCUCGUAGGAGUUCUCGCCUGGUGUCCGGCGGCUACUAUAAUUCAGAUGAAGAAUCUGAUUCAAGUAGUGUGACAAAUAUUUCCUACCGUGAAAACCCUGUCAAGGUUUUCAAGAAGAAGGCAGGGAACCGCAAGGCCGGCUCCCGCACCCCCAAUAGAGCCAACAGCAAUGCUAGUUCUGUCAGCUCAGAGCCGCCUAUCACUGCGGGCCAGUAUGAUGGCCUGAAUCCUUCUCCCUUGAGCAUUCAGACUCAGCCGACCAUGAGGACGUUGCCGUACAUUUCCACCACAGCCACCCCUCGGCCACCCCUGACCCCGUCAUCAAGCCGGGGUCAGACGCCCACACGCUGCCCCUCAGUACCUCCAGAGAAGGGCCCCUACACUGGGAUCUGCAGCUCCAGCCAGCCAGGAUUACACCUCAGACCCAGCAACAAGGAGCUGAGUCAGAGCGGCGUGGACAGCUCAGGGUACUCGUCCUCUGAGGGUCCUCACAGGAAGCCCACAGCCACCGCCACCAGUGGUACCAGUAGAACCGGCAGUGACAGUGAGGCUCCCAGUGCUGGAUACAGAAGCAGAAUCAACAGUGCCUUCGUUAAUCUAAUGGACUCAAGUAAAUUGAUGGCCGCUGCAGCGCAGUCAAAAAUAAUGCAUGUGGCAGCUUUAGCUAAUACUUCAGUCAGCAGUCGCAUGAAGAAGGCUUGUUGUCUGUUUCUCCUCCUGCUCCUCAUACUUCUAUGUCUUUGGUUCCUUCUUCCCUGGUUUAGCUCACUCUUCUCUCGCAUGGCUGUCACAAAGACCCCGUCACAGACAAAACCUAAGAGUCAACCUGUUCUCCCAGCCACUCCUCCUCCUCAACCCAGCACCAUACAUCCUACACCCGUGGUGGAUCCAGCUGUUGUCUCUGCUGUUGUGGAGGCGAAGAUGCAACGUCUUUUGGAUUCAGCCGCUGUGUCUGCUGCUGCUGUAGAAACAAAGAUGCAGCGUCUUUUGGAGGAGCAGCAGCUGAAGCAGCAACAAAUUCUCUUUCAGAUGAAGGAGAGACUACAGCUGGACAUGCAUGAUAUGAAAACCAAGCUUGAGACUUUGGACUCAGACAGUUGGCUGCGUUUGGAGCAGGAGCUUGCGGAGUUGGGCAGGCAGAUGGUGGAUCACCAGACAGACAGUCGCUCCGCUGCCACCAGCCUCAGCCUUAGGAUCCAAGCUUUAGAGGCCCAGAAUACUGAGCUGUUCCAGAAGUGGUCGUCCAUCCAGCUGAUGCCUCCUCCUGCCCCCUGUCCUGAUCCGAGCACCGCCCCCGUCCAAAACCAACUCACUCCAGAGCUCCAACAGGCCAUGGAGAAGUGGUUCACUGACCGCAUCAAGGAGCAGGAUGCUGUCAGGCUCGGUGAUAAAGGAAGCUGCUCAGACUGUGGACGUCCCAUGGCUGACAAAAUGGCCGACUUUGCACUGGAGACUCAAGGUGCCAGUGUGAUCAGCACCAGGUGUUCAGAGACGUAUCGUAUUCGUUCAGCAUGUGUGACCCUGUUUGGAUUCCCUCUGUGGUAUCCAUCUGAGAGCCCACGCACUGUUAUUCAGGGCUUCCCGGUGCUGCUCCCAGGGAAAUGUUGGGCGUUCCAUGGUGUCCAGGGGAUUCUUGUGAUCUCUCUGUCUCACCCCAUCACUUUAACUCAUGUGACACUUGACCACCUGCCACGCUACAACUCCCCCACCGGCCACAUCGACUCCGCCCCCAAAGACUUUGAAGUCUAUGGAAUGAAAAAUGACACAGAAGAAGGAACACUGCUGGGAACGUUCACUUACGAUGAGAACGGAGAGUCAACACAGACGUUUAAGCUGCCUAACCCCAGUGAUGUGGUGUAUCGAGUUGUGGAGCUGCGUGUCCUCAGUAACUGGGGUCAUGUCGAAUACACGUGUCUUUACCGUUUCCGCGUGCAUGGAACGAUCGCCUCCACAUGAGACGCGGCACUCGCUGACCAAGACGAGACGGCUCAUUCCAACAUAUCAGUUAAUAUCUUUGCAUUGUACUCUAUUUAAAGAAAAAAAAAAUUUUUUUUUGCAUAUGAUGUCAUCAAUCUGUGCACUGUCCAGAUGGAGGGCAGGCAACUGGGGGCAAAGACUACAAACACUGCACAAAUGUUCCAAUUGAUCAAAUUGAGGAAAAAAUAAGGGCCACUUUAAGUUCCAUAAAUAGUAGGACGUAAAGGGGAGAAGUUAUUAAAAAAAAAAAAGUCACUGAAAGAGCAGCAGAUCAAAAACCUUCAUCUUCAGUCUGGAAGAUUGGAGUCAACUAAUUUUUUUUUUUUUUUUAAUUGUGAAACAAGACAAGAUACAUGUAAGGACACGUGAAAUAAGGCUACAUACAUACAUACAUACAUACAUACAUACAUAAAGAGACAUAUGACAUGACGAAACAACACUUAGUGACUGUGGGUGUGUGAGUGCAUGGGUGUGUGCGUGUGUUGUAACUAAUGAACGACAAAUAUAAAUGGUGACAACGACAUACAUAAUAAUAGUAGUAAUGAUACUAAUGAUGAUAAUAAAAAGAAGUAAUAAUCAACAACAACAUUAUCGUCAUAGGCAUUGAAGGGGGGAGGCGAAAGAGAAAAUAAACAAACAAAUUAAGCGAAUAGAAAAUAAAUAAAUGAAUAAUAAUCAUAAUAAUAAUGAAAAUAAUAAAAGUGUAUAUAUACAUACACACAUAUACAUACACAUACACACACAAU